AUGGCGACGGCCUGGAGGCUUCUGACCUGGACCCUCGUCUCGGCCGUGUCCGUGGGCAACCUCCCAGGCUACGCCUUCCAGUCGCAAGGUACGGUGGGGGGGGCGGCGGGCCAAGGGAGCGCAGGUUGAGCCCCAAGCUGCUAGUCCUCAGUGCUUGUUUUAUAGGGAGUUACACUCUAACCUUAUUCUGCCAAUAUGCUGAAAUACAGUGGACGCUUGGAUUGUGAACAUGAUCCGUGCAACCUGAAACGUUCGCAACCUGCACCUGCACACAUGCAUGUUGUGAUUUAGCACUUCUGAGCAUGCGCAACUGCCGAAACCUGGAAGUAGCUCGUUCCGGUACUUCCGGGUUUCGGCAGUCCACAAUCCGAAAAACCGCAACCUGAAGCGGCUGUAACCCGAGGUAUGAUUGUAUACUGAACAGUUUCUUGCCACUCUGUCGCUCCUAGAUAACAAUCCUGGUGUGACACACAAGGUGGCCAAAUUUUGGGCAGUAGCAAUUAAAAAACGACAUGCAAUCAUUAGUACAUUUCCGAGCACAAUUCAAAGUUUUGGUCUGACCUUUAAAGCCCUAAACAGCCUCGGCCCUGUAUACCUGAAGGAGCGUCUCCACCCCCAUCGUCCAUCCCAGACACUGAGGUUCAGCUCUGAGGGUCUUCUGGCGGUUCCCUCGUUGUGAGAAGUGAGGUUGCAGGGAACUGGGCAGAGGGCCUUCUCGGUGGUGGCACCCACCCUGUGGAACACAACUCCUAGCAGAUGUCAAGGAGAUGAAAAACUACACAACAUUUAGAAGACACCUGAAGGCAGCCCUGUAUAGGGAACUUUAGAAUGUUUGACAUUUUAUUAUUUUCCAUAUUUUCUGGAAGCCAGCCAGAUGGGUCAGGUAUUAUUAUUACCCAGGAUUAUAACACAUUGUCCGAUGAACAUUCCUAGGUCAGAAAGGUCCCCCCCCCCAAAAUUAUUUUUAUGUAUAUGUGAUUUUACAUUAUUUUACUUUGUUAUGCGUUUUUUAAUUUUGCAGUUGGUGUUCUAUGUUUUGAUACUGGUCAUUGACCGUAAUAUAACGACUUACUUACUAGACCUCAAGGCAGGGGAAAGGAAGCUUUCUUGACCUGGGGGCUGCAUUUACUUCUGGACAGCCUUCCAGUGGCGAGGAAGAGGCCAAAUUGGGUGGGGGAGAUGGGAGACUGCCUCUUCUGGGAUGUCACAUACUAGAUGGACACAGAGGAACAGUGUGAGGAACCAGCUGGGGGACCCUCAAGGGAAGACGUCUCAGAGCCUGUACGGUCAUUAGUGGGCAGAAGGAGAAAAGGGAGGACUGGGAGGAGGAGAUGUUGGAAGCUGAAAGGGUAACAGGGCUUAGUGAGCAGGGAGAGUCUGUGCCAGAGAGCAGUCCAGAAUCAAAGGCUGCAGCAGGAGAGGAAGGAGGCCAAGAGGCAGAGAUGGUGAAGCGUCACGGGUGUCUCCCCCGCUUGCUGUGACAAGCUCCCUUCUUUUAUUGUCCCCUAGAACCAGGAGAGGCGUGAAGAGGGCAGAGGAGAGGUUGCCUGUGUGCAGGCACAGCCUCCGAUUGCUUGGGGAAAAUCCUGGAAAGAAAGGGACCGAGGCAGCUGCUUCAUGGGGGCAAGACCUGCCAGAGAUGAUUUGCUUUGCUCACUAGGCCUUUAUCCAUCCAGAUACAGUGGUGCCUCGCAAGACGAAAUUAAUUCUUUCCGCGAGUUUUUUCGUCUAGCGAAUUUUUCGUCUUGCGAAGCACGGUGUCGGAAAAGUUUUGGAAAAGCUUCAAAAAUCGCCAAAAACCUCAAAAAAGGCUACCACACCGCGUUCUAUGAGUUGCUCCUCGAAGUCAAGUCGCAACUGUAUUAACGGUGUUAAGAAAAAGGAAACAAACUCGCAAGAACUCGCAAGACGUUUCCGUCUUGCGAAGCAAGCCCAUAGGGAAAUUCGUCUUGUGAAGCAGCUCAAAAACUGCAAAACCCUUUCGUCUAGCGAGUUUUUCGUCUUGCGAGGCAUUUGUCUUGCGGGGCACCACUGUAUAGUCGGAGGAACGCCUCUACUUAGAAGGGGUGUUCACAUGAGAGCAGGGAAUGCCUCUUCUUAGGCAAAAACUGUGGUCCACUUAGUGCUGCUGAAGCAGCUGGAUUCCCGUCUCCCAGCACCCAGUGUGACCAUUGGUCAGAGGGGAUGUGGGAACUCGACCCCAACAGCAUCUAGAAGGCCCCAGGGGCACCCCAUUUCUCUCUUGCGGAAUGAACAUGGAUUGCCACGCCGAGCAAAACCCUGAGAAUGGCCAGGGCACUGAACCCAGGUCCCGAUUCACCCAUGUGCAUUUCUUUUUUCUCUCUGCAUUUCCUUCCCCUGCUCCAGAGGAGUUCCUCUCAAGCCUCGACCACUAUGAGAUCGCCUUCCCCGUGCAGGUGGACCAGAAUGGGGACUUCCUGACGUUUGACGUGAAGAGCCCGCGAAAGCGGCGGGCCCGGCGCGGGACGGGGGCCCCCUCCCACGAGUCCCCCCGGGAGCAGCAGGUCUUCUACAGGGUCUCAGCCCACCGGGCGCAGUUCCUCCUCAACUUGACGCUGCACACGAACCUGCUGGCGGAGCGGUUCCGGGUGGAGUACUGGCGGCACGACGGGGUGGACCGGAAGCACGAGUUCCACGAGGACUGCCACUACUCUGGCCACCUGCAAGACGAGUACCUCAACUCCAAAGUCGCCAUCAGCAACUGCAACGGGCUGGUAAGCUGUCCCCCGGCUCAGCCUCGUCUGUGCUAGGCCUGGGACCCUCCCCUAAAAAAACCCAACAACAACAGGGCAACGUUCUAGUCCUCAUUGCUCCCUAAAAACAAUGUAAGAUUCUAGUGAAGUCACAGGGAAGUAGGCAGAGGGCCUUCUCAGCAGCGGCACCCUCCCCGAGGAACACCCUCCUGUCAGAUGUCAAAGAGAAGGGGAAAAAACACAUACACAACUUUUAGAAGGCAUCUGAAGGCAGCUCUGUAUUGGGAAGUUUUUCAUAGAAUCAUAGAAUCAUAGAGUUGGAAGAGACCACAAGGGCCAUCAAGUCCAACCCCCUGCCAAGCAGGAACACCAUCAGAGCACUCCUGACAUAUGGUUGUCAAGCCUCUGCUUAAAGACCUCCAAAGAAGGAGACUCCACCACACUCCUUGGCAGCAAAUUCCACUGUCGAACACUGUUUUUAAUGGUUAAUGUUUUAUUGUGUUUUUAAUAUUUUGUUGGGAGCCGCCCAGAGUGGUUGAGUAAACCCAGUCAGAUGGGUGGCACAUAAAAAAUAAAAUCAUUAUUAUUAUCACUCCCAAAGAGAGAUUUACGCUAUUCCUUCCGAGUGGAAAAGGUUUGCACUUCGGGGAAAAGGUUCUGCAGACCUUCCGUGGGCGACUCCUUCCACUCUUCACUUUGGAAGAUCCUCCUUGGUUUCUCAACCCGAGACUCAUUCUUUCCCUCUUUACAAUUCAAGGAGGAAAAUUUUGCAAUGCCUCCUCCUGUUGUCACUGUCUCUUUGGCUCCCAGCCUGAGGACAUGGCGGUAACUCAGUAAACGCCCCCGACACGCACCCCCAGACAGUUUCCCAACCAUGCAAGAUCCCAGAAGGGAUUCUGGAGUAAGAAAUUAAGAUGAUCCUGGCUGCUGGAUCAUGUUAAAAUCCAGUCCGGCAUCCUGCUGCCAGCCCACAAACAGGACGUGAGCAUGGCAGGAACUCUCCCCACUGAUUUUGGAAAGUAGUUUGCCUGUUCACGAUGCCUUCAGACACCUCUUAAGACCUCGCUGCCAGAUUUUGCAAGAUCACAGCCUCCAACAUUUCUCCAGGGAAAAUAGGGACAUCCUAUUCAACAACGACAAGAACAAGAACAACAACUUCCCUAUGCAGGGCUGCCUUAAGAUAUCUUCUAAAAGUUGUCUAGUUACUGGAUCUCCUUGGCUCAGGGGUUGCAUCACUGCAUACCCCCCCACAUUUCUCUGACGAAAAUGGAGAUGUCCAAAGGGAAAGCGGGACAUUCCGGGAUCAAAUCAGAAACCGGGACGGCUUCUGUAAAUCUAGAACUGUCCCUGGGAAAUUGGGACACUUGGAGGUCUGCAAGACGGUACCUGGGAUCAAGGUGCAGGUUUUCAUUUAUACAGUGAACGCUCGGGUUGCGACUGUGAUCCGUGUGGGAUGCACGUUCACAACCUGCAGCGUUCGCAACCUGCAGUGGUGCAUCUGCGCACACAUGGGUUGCAAUUUGGCACUUCUGUGCAUGUGCAAAACGCGUUUUAGCGCUUCUGCGCAUGCGCAGCCCCCGAAACCCGGAAGUAACCCGUUCUGGUACUUCCGGGUUUCAGCGGGUCCGUAACCUGAAAAAACGCAACCUGAAGCGUCUGUAACCCGAGGUAUGACUGUAUUUGAAUACUGCCAGGUGCCAUUCUGAAUCAAGAUGGUGGACUAAAACUUUCAAAACUGCAACGAUACCAACCAGAUUUGGCUGGAUUGUUCCUGAGAUCUAGGUGCAGGUUUUUGUCAAUGUUUAAAUGCGGGUGGUGCUGUGGGUUAAACCACAGAGCCUAGGACUUGCCGAUCAGAAGGUCGGCGGUUUGAAUCCCUGCAACGGGGUGAGCUCCCGUUGCUCGGUCCCUGCUCCUGCCCACCUAGCAGUUCGAAAGCAUGUCAAAGUGCAAGUAGAUAAAUAGGUACCACUCUGGCGGGAAGAUAAACGGCGUUUCCGUGCGCUGCUCUGGUUCUCCAGAAGUGGCUUAGUCCUGCUGGCCACAUGAUCCGGAAGCUGUACGCCGCUUCCCUCGGCCAGUAAAGCGAGAUGAGCGCUGCAACCCCAGAGUCGGCCACAACUGGACCUAAUGGUCAGGGGUCCCUUUACCCUUUACCUAAAUGCCACCGGACACCAUUUUAAGAAGCUGGGAAGAGCCUGCAGAAUCAUCUAGCACAGCAUCCCUUUCUCACAGUGGCCAACCCUUGGCUAGUAGCCGCUGAUGGCCCUCUCCUCCAUGAAUCUGUCUAAUUCUCUUUUAACGCCAUCCAAGUUGAUGACCAUCACAGCCUCCUGGGGCAAGGAGUUCCAUCGUUUAACUCUGCACUGGAUAAAGAAGGAUUCCCUUUUAUCUGUCUUGAAUCUUCCAACGUUCAGCUUCAUCGCAUGCCCACGAUUUCCAUAAACUCGAAAGCCCCAGGCACUGCAACCUUUCUGAUGCGACUCCUAACACAGGCCGAAUUUCUCUCCCGUCUCUGCAGCGGAAUGAAAAGGAAUAUUGUCGAGCAGCGCGGGAUAAGAUGGGAAGGGAAGCCCUCCUCCCAGGGCACUUUUAACUCUUAAAAAAAUAAGAGUUUCCCCUGCUCUCUCUCUCUUUUAAAGCAUUUGGAAAUCUGCUAGCCUGGUUAUCAGUUGGUCUGUGGGUCCCCCAACUUUUUCUCUCUCCCUCCAAGCCCCCUCCACAAAGAACCAGAGUUGAAUCACUUCUGUGUGCGUGUAAUGAAAAGUUUCUGGUUUCCCAGCCCUAGAAAGGGGCGGUGUUGAUGGCCUUGCUUUGGAUUUCCUUUCCGGACGAAAGCUUUGUUGCUCUUGGCUGCAAGCCACGCUUCCGAGGACAAGCGGGGUAGUGUGAGGCUAGGCUGGCAAGGAGUCCGGCCGAAAACUCGAGCGUCAGCCGGAGAGAGAGCAGCCGGGAAGGAGGGGGGGUCGCCUCGUGGCUUGCGGGCAGGGUCACUCUGGGGUGCAAAACAUAAGGACGUAAGAGCAGCCUGCUGGGUCAGGACAGCGGCCCAUGUAGCCUAGGAUCCUGCUCUCACAGUGGCUGUCCAGAUCAUGGAAUCAUAGAAUUGUGGAGUUGGAAGGGACCCCCAGAGGUCCUCUAGUCCAACAAGCUGCAGUGCAGGUUUCCUGUGGGCAAGCAGGACCCAAUCAAAAGCUCUUUCCCUUCCUGUGUUUUCCAGCAACUGGUAUUCAAAAACAUUUGUUGCCUGCAAACCACAGCCGUUAAUGGCUAGUAGCCAUUAUUGUUAUUAUUAUUAUUAAUUCCAAUUUAUAUACCACUCUUUAUCAGGAGAUCCCAAGGCAGUGUACAACAUUAAAAACACAUUUCAGAACAUCAGUGAUACAAACAUAAUAAAAAGCAUAAAGGUAAAGGUAAAGGUACCCCUGACCGUACGGGCCAGUCGUGUCCGACUCUAGGGUUGUGCGCCCAUCUCACUUAAGAGGCCGGGAGCCAGCGCUGUCCGCAGACACCUCCGGGUCACAUGGCCAGCAUGACGAAGCUGGUCUGGCGAGCCAGCACCAGCGCAGCACACGGAAAUGCCGUUUACCUUCCCGCUAUAAAGCGGUACUUAUUUAUCUACUUGCACUUAAGGGUGCUUUCGAACUGCUAGGUGGGCAAGAUCUGGGACCGAAAGAUGGGAGCUCACCCCACCGUGGGGAUUCGAACCGCCGACCAUACGAUCGGCAAGUCCUAGGCACUGAGGUUUUACCCACAGCGCCACCCGCGUCCCAAAAAAGCAUAUAAAUAAAAAGCAUACUGACAGCCUAAUUAGAAAGCAGUCGUCAUAACGGUCUUCUCUGCCACACGUUCACAGGCCAUAGAUUAUUUAAUAGCCAUCGGCCUGGGCAAAGAGGAAUAUUUUUGCCUGCCACAUGUGGUGAUGCUGCCAGGCGAGCCUCUCUGGGAAGAGCAUCCCACAAUCGGGGAGCCACCACAGAAAAGACGCUGUUCUCUUGCUGCCACUGGCAUGGGGGGCAUAGAGAAGGGACUCCGGUGACAAGCGUGGGGUUGGUUCAUACUGGGAGAGGCUAUCCUUAAGGUAUUGAGGUCCGGAGCUGUGCCAGGUUUUAUAAGGUUGGCACCAGCACUUUGAAUUGGGCCUGGAAACCAAUGGGCAGCCAGUGCGGUUGUGCCACUAUUGGUGUUCUGUGCUCAAACCGCCUUGUUCUGGUGAGUGAUCUGGCCGCUGAAGUUUUUGGACCGUCUUCAGAGGCAGACCCACGUAUAAACGCAUUGCAUGUUCCUCUCCGCUUCUCGUUCCAGCAUGGUGUGAUCAUCGCAGACGGCGAGGAAUACUUCAUUGAGCCCCUGAGCCCCGGCACCAAUAUCAGUGGGGGGCACGAGAGCGAAGGGAGUCCCCAUGUGGUCUACAAGAGAUCGUCUCUCCAGCACCCACACAUGGACGCCGCCUGUGGGGUGCUAGGUACGCCGUGGGCCAGAUCUGGGUGGAUAAACACUACAGACAUUGGAAGGGGGCACGAGGGUCGUCUAGUUCAACCCCUUGCAAUGCAGGAACCUUCCAACCAACAUGGGGCUCGAACCCACCUCCCUGAGAGUUUCCUGCUCUCUCAGCUGAGCUAUGGCGUUCGUAUGGCUGGGAUGCAGUCCUUACUUGCCUCUCUUGCUGGGAUGGAGGGUAAAGAGAAGGGGUGUUUCCAUAGCUGUCAACCGUCCCUUAUUUGGCUGGAAAGUCCCUUAUCCCAGCGCCAUGUCCCGCUGCUGUCCCUUAUUGAUGACGUCCCUUAAAUUUCCCGGGUUUCAAAGGAAGCAGCUCCUCUCCCUCCCUCCCUCCCUGCUGGCCAGGGAGGAGGGAGGCUCCAACUGUGUUGCUUGGCUGCGCUGCUCACCCAAUAAGGAGUCUAAGAACAACUGGGGGGUGGAGCUUGCAUGCCUUGUGCCGAUCAAAUCGCCCACGUUGCCUGGGGACUUGCCUUUGCUCAGCGCUUCCCAGCGGAGAGGUGACGGUGGUUUUCCUUGCUGCAUCCCCUUUGCCGGGUUGCUGCACUGUGGGAGCCAUGGCUUGAGGCUUCGUUUGGCUGCUGGCUGGGCUUUCUGCCGUUGUCGUGGAGGGGCUCAGAAGUUGAACAUACCUGUGCUUGGAAAAUCCCUUAUUUUGUUUGUUGAUCCCUUAUUUCCAAGGCUGCUGGUUCCUUAUUUUCAAAUCUGUAAGUUGACAGCUAUGGGUAUUUCUGAGUGUAGAAACUUGCCUGCUUUUGCCUUUCGACCCACCUGGCCCCUGGAAGGUUUCCAAGGAUGAAAUGUGGCCCCCACUCUGCUCUGCAUAUUUAUCUGGGAGUAAGCCCCAACUGAACGUAGCGGGGUUUAUUUCUGAGUAAACACGCAUUGGGUUGGGCUUUGCAGCUUCAAAGCAACAGGAAGUGAAACACCCUUAUGUAAGUAUUUGGGUGUUUAUUUAAAGUAUUCCUGUCCUGAUUUUUUUCCACGGAGCAUCCAGCCACAAAAAAAGAGAAUAGCGUCAAGCUAGGAGUCUUGACUGAUUGAUGUAAGCUGAUUUCAACUGCGAAAUAUGAUUUAUAACAACCGAGCAACCAUCAACGUAUUUUUUGGAAAGCACCCAUUUGUAGAAUUGGAAGGGACCCCCAAGGGUCAUCCAGUCCAACCCCCUGCAAGACAGGAAUCGCAGCUAAAGAUUCCCUGGCAGAUGGCCACUCAACCUCUGCUUAGAAAUCUCCAAGGGAGAGUCCGACACUUUCUGCCCGCUUUUGCCUCUGGUCCUCCCGGGGCUGGCGUGUGGCCCCUGAGUGGUCGCACAUAGAGGAAUGUGGCCCUCGAGCCGAAACAGGCCAGAAAUCUGCUUGGCGGUAGUAAUUUUGAAAGCCAUCUGGGAGGCUCAGUGAGGAAUGCAUUUUGACCUAACAGACGCUUGGUUCAAGGAUGUGGUUUUGGAUUCCGGUUUGCCUUUGUGGGGGAGACACACGCCUCCCGCUAACUUGGGAGCUGGAAUCCAAAGGAUCGGAUUCCCAGAUACCAGAAGGAGUAAAGAAGAGGACACUGUCAAAGCCAUUUUGCAUUGAAUGCCGCCAAGCGGCCUUCUGCUGCCCUCUUCAAGCACUCUGGUCAUUCCCUGCGCUCUCUGGGCAGGAACGAAUCUGCUUCCAAUUUGUUUCUUGGAGAGAUAACAAUCCCCAAAACAAGCAACUGGCGCUCCGCGUUCCGGACUCUUUCAAAUGCUGCUCUGCCUCCUGAUCUCGGACGGUUUAGUUCCCAUUACUGUUCCUAAAAUCUGGAAGGGGCCUGAAAUAUACUCAGAGUCGAGAGUGGAUUUCAUGCUCUUUAUUCAGCUCAUAGUGGUGAGGAGGAAGGGAAGUUCCCCCAGAAUGUCUGCUUUAUAUACAUUAUUUACACAAUGGGCCCCACGUGAUUGGCUAAUUCCGGGAUUCUCCUGUAGGCCAAUCAGGUUGCGGAUUCACUUCCACCUGGAGUUGGAUUGGGUGGCUCCUGUGGACCAAUCCAACUGCUGCAUUCUGGAUCCUAUUGUUCUAGGGCCAAUCAGACUGCUCCAUUCUGGAUCCUAUUGUUCUAGGGCCAAUCAGACUGCUGUAUUCUGGAUCCUAUUGUUCUAGGGCCAAUCAGACUGCUGCAUUCUGGAUCCUAUUGUUCUAGGGCCAAUCAGACUGCUGCAUUCGGAAUCCUAUUGUUCUAGGACCAAUCAGACUGCUGCAUUCGGAAUCCUAUUGUUCUAGGACCAAUCAGACUGCUGCAUUCUGGAUCCUAUUGUUCUAGGACCAAUCAGACUGCUGUAUUGUGGAUCCUAUUCAACUCAGUACAUAACAUGGCCCUUAAAAUGGGCGAUUGUCCAGGCCUAGGUGGUCUUAAGAGAAUGUCCAGGCUUAGGAGGCCUUGAGGACUGGCUGGCCUAGUAGGCCUCGGGGAUUUUUCAGGCCUAGUAAAGGAAAGGUAAAGGACCCCUGGAUGGUUAAGUCCCGUCAAAGUCCCGUCACUUUACAGGCCGAGGGAGCCGGCGUUUGUCCGCAGACAGCUUUCCGGCUCAUGUGGCGAGCAGGGCUAAACCGCUUCUGGCGCAACGGGACACCGUGACGGAAACCAGAGCGCACCAUUUACCUUCGCGCCUAGUAGGUUCUGAGGAUUGGGGGAGCCUAGUAGGCCUCAGGGAAUGACUGAGCCUAGUAGGCCUCAGGGAUUUUCCAGGCCUACUAGGCCUUGGAGAUCGGCUGGGUUAGUAGGCCCCAGGAAUUGGCCAAGGAUUGGCUGGGCCUAGUAGGCUUCAGAGAUUUUUCAGGCCUGGUUGGCCUUGAGGAUUGGCCGGGCCUAGUAGGCCUAAGGGAUUUUCCAGGCCUACUAGGCCUUGGGGAUUGGCUGGGCCUAGUAGGCCCCAGGAAUUGGCCAAGGAUUGGCUGGGCCUAGUAGGCUUCAGGGAUUUUUCAGGCCUAGUUGGCCUUGAGGAUUGGCCGGGCCUAGUAGGCCUAAGGGAUUUUCCAGGCCUACUAGGCCUUGGGGAUUGGCUGGGCCUAGUAGGCCCCAGGAAUUGGCCAAGGAUUGGCUGGGCCCAGUAGGCUUCAGGGAUUUUUCCUGAAGUAGUCUUGAGGAUUGGUCUUGAGGAUUUUCCAGGCUUAGAAGGCCUUGAGGAGUGACUACUAGGCCUCAGGAAGUGGCUGAGCCAAGUAGGCCUCAGGGAUUUUCCAGGCCUACUAGGCCUUGGAGAUUGGCUGGGCCUAGUAGGUCUCUGGGAUUUUCUGGGCCUAGAAGGCCUCAGGUAUUGGCCAAGCCUAGUAUGAUUUAGAGCAGUGUUUCCCAACCUUGGGCCUCCAGCUGUUUUCGAACUACAAUUCCCAUCAUCCCUGACCACUGGUCUUGCUAGCUGAGGAUUAUGGGAGUUGUAGUCCAAAAACAGCUGGAGGCCCAAGGUUGGGAAAUGCUGAUUUAGAGACUGACCAGGCCAAACCAUGGACUGGCCGGGCCUAGUAGGCCUUAGAGUCUGAUAGGGCCUAGUACUCCAUCUUAAAGAUUAGCUGGCUGGUUGACCUGGCCUACUAAGCCUCAGGGAUUGACCAGGCCUAGUAUGUUUUAGAGACUAGCCAGACCUAGCCGGCAUCUGGAUUUGUCAGGCCUAGCAGGUUUUCGGGAUUGUGAGUGGUUUGCCCCAAAAAGCGCUGUGGGGGGACAGAGGAGAAAGAAAGUCUGCCUCACAGCCGUUUCCCCUUCAGACGAGAAGCCGUGGAAGGGCCGCCCGUGGUGGCUGCGGGCCUUGAAACCCUCCCCAGCGAAGACGCUGAGCAACUUCACCCAACGGGGGCAGCUUCCGCUGAAGAGGUCGGUCAGCACGGAGCGCUACGUGGAGACCCUCGUGGUGGCCGACAAAAUGAUGGUGGGGUACCACGGCCGGCGGGACAUCGAGCAGUACAUCCUGGCCAUCAUGAAUAUUGUAAGUGUUAUAACCAAGCACCCAGCCAAUGGUACCUUAGUGCUUCCUGAAGUCCAUUUACACACAUCAACUAAAUCCAGUUUGGAUAAUUAUUAACUCCGAUUAUUGGAGGCUGACUCCAAUUCACCAAAGGUCUGCCUUUGUUUAGCUGUUUGUUUUCAUUUGGGAAAUGGAUCUUCCUAUAUACAUAGAAACGUAAGGCUGUCGUCACGCAGCUACAAAUUGCCUCAACACAAUCCUGGAUUUGCAUGAAUUCAGGGCGAGGGAGGAGAGCAAAAUGGUGGCUAUAAAUGAAAGCAGAGGUUUGAAUAAAGCUUGAAGGAGUUGUGAGAGGAUGGGGUUUGUGUAAGAUGUAAAGAGAGUUGACAAGAGGGGUGCUGGGGUUAGCAUGAGGUUGGUGGGGGUAGCUGAGCAACAGAAGUAGGGGAAGCAGCCCCGUGUGUAUAUUUGUGUGUAAUAUAUUUCAUUAAUUUAAUUGCUUCCUAUGAAGCAUCUUUUAAGUUAUACACACACUACACACACACACACACACACACACACACACACACACUACACACAGCUACAUGCACGUGUGUACGUACACACAUAUGCAUAUAUGUACAUAUAUAUAUAUAUAUACAUACUAUACAAAUAGCAUACUCAAUUAACUAUUACAGUUAUAAAGCAGUUAUACCUCCAACAUUUCUCCGAUUAAAAUAGGGAUGUCCUAAGGAAAAGCAGGACAUUCUGAGAUACUUGGAAACCAGGACGGCUUCUGUAAAUGCAGAAAUGAUGCUGGAAAAUAGGGACACUUGUACGGUUUGCAACUUCAUGUACAAAAACAAAUGCAAAUAUAUUAAUAAAUAUUGAGCACUAGGACCUUGCUUUAUUUUUAAGAAAUAUUUUAGCUCACUAUAGAGUAUCUGCAUUGCGUGCGAAAGGUUUAAUCCCUGGCAUCUCCAGAUAGAUAGAAACCCUGGAGUGUUGCUGCCAGUCAGUGCUGACUUUACUGAGCUACACUGACCGAUGGUCUGUCUUGGUUUAAGGCAGCUUCCUUUGUCCCAUUGAGAAAGAUACAAGUGCCCAUCAUCGUUCAGCCUCCCCCAACCGUCUUGUUUUUUAACACUGGUCUUUCCUUGUUUCCUGGAGGUCAGGUUGCUAAACUUUUCCAAGACUCAAGUCUGGGCAAUAUUGUCAACAUACUGGUGACCCGGCUCAUCCUACUGACAGAGGACCAGGUGAGGGGGUGCCCCAAGAGAAAGAAAGAGGGACCGGGGCUGGUAUCACUGAGAAGCUUCCCCAGACAAUGAUGGUGGCAAAAAGUGGGAACAGAAAAUGGCGGUGGUUCCUUGCUUGCUGCGUCCUCUGCCUGGCAAUAAAGUGGGGGAAGAGGAGCAUAUUUGCAGAGGAGGUGAUAAGAGAUGUGCUAUAGGUUUUGGGGGGACCCCCCCUAAACCCUAGAAAUUAAUAGAUGGUAGGAUUUUGAUUAAUUGGGGUAUGGAGCUGUGCCAGGUAGGGAAUCUCUGAGCUGGCUUCUGCAAACCAGCCUGGCUGUUAACAUAACGAAAGGUGUGGAUAGAGGAAUUCUUUGGCCUGCGGAGACAGGUGUUACAAAGGUGAUGCAGUGUGUGCUUGACGUGACAGGAAAAGUGGGGUGGUUUUUUUUAGCAAGAUGUGCUGGGAAGAAGAAAGGGGGAGAAGAAAGGCUGGGAUUCAUAUUGGGCAGGAAGGCUGGCUGGGGGAGAUAUCUUGGACUCCGUGGCUGCACUGCUGUGGGGGACAAGCCCCUCUUGAAAUAACCAUGCUGUAAGUUCUGGACUCCUGCCACACAGACUGAAGGUGUAAACAGGCGAGUAAACCAUAUUUCUUAAAGCUGCGACGGUCUCUGCCAUGUCUCAACCCUCCAAAGGAAAUAGACGCUGGGUAAGUGCCUGAAACCCCAUGUGCCACGGGGCUUUGUCUCCCUGGUCUUGGUGCAGCCACAGAAAUGCCCCAACGAUACUGUCCAGGAGGUCUCAAAGAGUGGGAGAAUUUGAUACGUUUACACUCUCUGAAACCUUUUCGAUUCUCCCUCUUCCUCCAGCCCACCCUGGAGAUCAACCAUCAUGCCGGAAAGUCUCUCGACAGCUUCUGCAAGUGGCAGAAAUCCAUUGUGAAUCGCAAUGGGAACGGGAACGCCAUCCCGGACAACGGCAUCGCCAAUCACGACACUGCCGUUUUGAUCACCAGGUAUACCAGAACCAUGUUGGUGGUAAAAGAACAGUUGGCUCCAAAGUUGAAACAUCUUGUUUCAUCCUGAUUGUGCGGGGGCGGGGCAUGCUACUGGCACACCAACCUCAGACUGCCCCCCGGACAUCAAACCCUCCACUCGCCCACUGUUGAGAGGGCGGUUCAAUCCUCCCAGCCCCAGGGAAUGCAUUGGCCAAGCGGACUCCAGCAGGAUUGAAUGCUGCCCAUCAGUUGAUGUCACCCAGGGCUGACAGGUGGGCGGGGCUGGGGAGAUGGUCUCGUGGGCCACGUUGGAAUUAUUUUAGGGGUAGCAGGCAUUAUGGGGGGGGGCAGAACCAAGUUUUCUGCAAAGCAAUUGGUUAAUCAGGUAUUUCUAUUUAUUUACUUGAUUGGGGGUGGGCAGCUGCCCCCCCUGCACACCCAUGGCUAUGUCCAUGUUUGAAACCCUUGCAAGCUGAGAUUCUCUCGCAACCCAGAAGUUUCUCUGUCUUUGUGUUUGUUUGUUUAACGUAAUUAAAUAAUUUUUAUUCCAUUUUUAAGAAUAAGAGCAGCAAACAUCACUUUUUUUCCAAAAUAAGAGCUACAGAACACCAGAACUGGAAUUUCCAUAAUAGCUGUUGUUGUUGGCAUCUGUCUGUCAUGAGAGACAAUGGAGUCUGCCUCCGAGGGUGAAGUCAAACUGCUGCACUAACAGCACCCAAGUGACCUCCCCGGGGCACAAGCCUGGGCAGUGUGUCUGGAGGUCCUGGGCUGCCCAGAUGACAAGACCCCCAUUGUGGCCUCACUGGUGUGGCCCAAAGGAAAGCAGAACAAGACGUUUGGCACCAGCUUGGCUGCAGGAGUUGCCAGAAACAGGCGUACAAGGCACCAUCCAACUGUCUUAGGGACUCCGGUCCGUUUUUGUGGAGGGUCUACUCCUGAGUCUUUUCGUCUCCCAAAGAUGUCCCGGCCACAAGACAGUGGAGGUUUAGGGUCAGAGUUUUCCUUCUCCUGGGUGGGCUCCUUUCCCAGGUGGACGAUCCCCACCUGCCCCUCGUUUAUUUGCUGUGCUCAGUUGGCAGGGUGGAAUGUGCCUUAAUUGUAUCUCCCUUCUUCUCGCACCUGCUUUUUAGAUACGAUAUCUGCAUCUACAAAAACAAACCGUGCGGGACUCUAGGUAGGUAGGAAGCUUUUCCCACUAAAUGCAUUUCAAACGCUCUGCUUCUGUCAUCACCCCCCCCCCCAGCUUUAGAGCAGAGUGGGAGGCAUCAUUUCAAUAUCAGUUUGUGACGCAACCUAGGACAGAUUCCAGUUGGGGAGAGGGUGGACUUCGCUACAAACUACCCUUCCAGAGCCAUGUACAGAUCAGGAUUUUGGAUCUCGUGGCGGAAUCUGCUUUGACAUAAUGUCUCCCUGUGACAAUGCUCUGCUUCUCCCAGGACUGGCGCCCGUGGGUGGGAUGUGUGAGCGGGAACGGAGUUGCUCCAUCAACGAAGACCUCGGCCUGGCGACAGCUUUCACUAUCGCCCACGAGAUCGGCCACACGUGAGCAGAGUUCAGAUCUGGUUGUGGGGUUGAUGUGGAAAUUGUUUGGUCUUGUGUCUGGUUAAUGUUUUGCUUAAUGCUUAGGGCCACUUCUGCUAUGUUGCAGUGUUCUGAACCGCAGGCCUGAAAGAGGGCUUGUGGGAGGGGUUGGGUGCAGGGGUACCAAAGAUGUCAAAGACAUCCGAAUGGCCAGGUUAGGCUCUCUUACUUGUUGGUCAGUUUUCUCAGGGAUACAUUCCCCUUCUUGCUGAUCGAUUUAUUCCAGGAUAGACUCCCCCACUUGCCAGCCAGUUUAUUCCAGAAUAGACUCCCCUACUUGCAGCUCUGUUUACUCCCAAGCAGGCAGCAAAUAAUCCUGUUUGGCAUGUUUGGAUUUGAUAUCCCUCUUUAUCACUCCCCGAAGGAGUCUCAAAGCGGCUAACAGUCUCCUUUCCCUUCCUCCCCCACAACAAACACUCUGUGAGGUGAGUGAGGCUGAGAGACUUCACAGAAGUGUGACUAGCCCAAGGUCAUCCAGCAGCUGCAUGUGGAGGAGCGGAGACGCGAACCCGGUUCCCCAGAUUACGAGACUACCGCUCCUAACCACUACACCACACUGGCUCCUUCUUUCUCUGGCUUCACGCUUCUCCUUCCAGGUUUGGCAUGAACCACGACGGCGUCGGAAACAGCUGUGGUUCCCGGGGGCAGGAGACAGCCAAGCUGAUGGCGGCUCACAUCACCAUGAAAACCAACCCUUUUGUGUGGUCCACGUGCAGUAGGGACUAUAUAACCAGCUUUCUCGAGUAAGGGGCUGCCUGUUUUCCGCUGUGCGUCUCCAAAGCAUCACACACACCACCUCAUUACUUCCAUUUCCCCUGUCUCUUUGUUCCAAAAGUUUUCCAUAACUGGCCUUUAAGUGGUGGACACAAAAAUGACACAAUGGGCUCCUUUUGCAUGCUGGGGGUCUUCUGGGUUUACAGUGGUACCUCGGGUUAAGUACUUAAUUCGUUCCGAAGGUCUGUACUUAACCUGAAACUGUUCUUAACCUGAAGCACUACUUUAGCUAAUGGGGCCUCCUGCUGCUGCCGCGCCGCCGGAGCACAAUUUCUGUUCUCAUCCUGAAGCAAAGUUCUUAACUUGAAGCACUAUUUCUGGGUUAGUGGAGUCUGUAACCUGAAGCGUAUGUCACCUGAAGCGUAUGUAACCUGAGGUACCACUGUAUUUAUUAUUUGGGGUCCUGCUUUCCAUACUUAGUAUUGUUGUGCAUAAGAAUAUGAAGAGUCCUGCUGGAUGAGUCCAGUGGCCCAUCUGGUCCAGUAUUCUGUUCACCCAGUGAUCGAUGCCUGUGGGGAACCAGCAAGCAGGAUUUGAGCAAAAGAACAAUCUUCCCUCCUGCGGUUUCCAGCAACUGGUAUUCAGAAGCAUUUGCUUCCUCCAACUGUGGAAGGAGAGCGCAACCAUUGUGGGCAGUAGCCAUCGAUAGCCCUUCCUUGCAUGAUUCUGUCCAAUUCUUCCCCCCCCCCCCAAUUUUUUUUAUUCAUUUUAUAUCACUAAUAACCAACACAAAUAGAAAAACAAACAAUACAAACAAAUUCUUGUCUUAUCCUUAUUUUUUCUAAACAUUGUUUAGUGAGCUUCCCCCCUAUCUGAUUUUCAUUUUACCUCAUCUUUAGCAGUUUACAUAUAUCAUACUUUUAAACCAUUUUUUAUCUCCCUUUUACCAUUAAAAUCUUCACAUAUUAUCCCUUACAAAUAAUACUAUUUUAAAAUAUGCUAUCUUCUAACCCUACAGCCUAUAUCCACUUCCAAAGCUUUUCUAAGAUUUAAAUAGUAACAUAUUUUUUCAAAUAUUUUUUAAACUUCUUCCAAUCUUCUUCCACCGUCUCUUCUCUCUGGUCCCAGAGUCUCCCAGUCAGUUCGGCAAGUUCCAUAUAGUCCAAUCCUUUUUUAAGGCCAUCUAGGUUGGUGGCCAUUUCUUUCCAACGAUCAGCUGGUGGAGCAUGAGACUCUUAAUCUCAGGUUCAUGGGUUCGAGCCCCAUGUCAGGCAAAAGAUUCCUUCAUUGCAGGGGGUUGGACUAGAUGAUCCUCAGUCCAACUCUACAAUUCUAUGAUUCCACGCGUCUUCUUAGAAGGGGCCCCCAUCCCUUAGGAUUGUCUUGUGGGGGGGGUCAUUCCAAGCCCAGGUGUCGGCCAUGGCGGGCAAGGCCAGAAGAUGCAGAAAGCAAUGGCGCAGCCCAUCAACCUCAUCUUCAGAUACCUACAAAACAGGUUCAGAAUUCAGGUAGGACUGUAUGAACAGGUGAACACAAGGAUAGAAGGCUGUGUUAUUGGAUUUGAACUUGAUUCUGAAUGAUGCUGAGGAGAUUCACUCCAAGACAAAAUCAAGGAAACAGCUGAGUCGGAUCAUGUUCAAAGGGAUUAAUAUGACUCUUCUACUGAGCGUCUGUAACUAGAAAUGGCUAUUCAGUGUGUUUUGUUCCAUUGCUUCAAUCUUUAAAACUAUAGAUUAAAAUAUGUGGUGGUUUAAUGCUACCACUCCAAAUUCUACUUUAGGUGUCUGACGGAAUCACAGAAUCAUGGAGGUGGAAGGGACCACAAGGGUCAUCUAGUCCAACCCACUGCAAUGCAGGAAUCUUUUUGUCCAACAUGGGACUUGAAAUGACCUGAGAUUAAGAGCUUCAUGCUCUACCAGCUGAAGAAUGAAGCCAGUUACUUAGUCUGUGCUUGCAUAAUUUUCAAAAAAAAUUCUACGUUGAUGUGGGAUUGCAGCUCUUUAUAAAUAAAACUCUUCUUGCACUCACACCAUCAACCCUUGAUGUCUUUCUCCUUUGUUUCUCUCUGCUGCUCCAGCUCUGGGAUGGGCCUCUGCCUGAACAAUGCUCCACCCAAGCAGGAUUUCGUCUACCCGACGGUGGCCCCAGGACAGGCUUACGAUGCAGAUGAGCAGUGCCGCUUUCAGUACGGAGUCAAAUCUCGCCAGUGUAAAUAUGGGGUAGAGAGCCUUCCUGCUUUUACUCUUGAUUCCCAACGUGGAGGGGUGGAGGGAUGGGCAAGGCAUUUUGCGCCCACUGGCCAGCCUUUAAACCAGCCACAACCCUCAGCUGCAGCACCAGCGUCAGCCAAGGUCCACUCUUGCAGUAAUCAGGAGUGCGGGGCUGAAAUCUGCCCUUCGGGUUGUUGUUUUUAAAAACCACUCUCCUUCUGCGAAAGAGGCUUCCACCUUUUCUGCCUUGUUCACAGGGCAGUUGGGAGUUUCUGGAGAGACUUCUGGACAUUUUUAGGCAGGUGUAUGUUUCGUUCCCAAUAAACAUUUUCCCCAGGCAAUAUGUCCUCUGUGCCCCACAGCCUUCCUGGGUGACCACACUUCCUGAUGUAGAAAAAGCUGCUUCGUGGGAAGCACUACCAAUACAGUUCUUUACAUGUGGUUCCUUCAUUGCAGGGAGUUGGAUUAAAUGACCUUUGGGGUCCCUUUCCAACUCUACCAUUCUAUGAUUCUGUGACUGAGCUGUGAUUUGAUUGCACUGUGGGCACCUGGGAAGACUGCAGAGCUCUCUGCAGAAUGAAUGGAAGGAUGCUUCCAAGUGUAUUUCAAUUUGUUGGAAGCUGCCCAGAGUAGCUGGGGUAACACAGUCAGAUGGGUAGCAUAUAAUUAUAUUAUUAUUAUUAUUAUUAUUAUUAUUACUAUUAUUAUCAUCAUCAUCCUCACCCCUUGACCACCUCAAAAGGAAUACAGUCGUACCUUGGAUCCCAAACGCCCUGGAACUUGGACAUUUUGGCUCCCAAACCCCACAAACCCGAAAGUGAGUGUUCCGGUUUGCGAAUGUUCUUUUGGAACCCGAACGUCCAAUGUGGCUUCCGCGGCUUCUGAUUGGCUGCAGGAGGUUGCUGCAGCCAGUCAGAAGCCAGGAUUUGGUUUUCAAACAUUUGGAAGUCGAACAAACUUCUGGAAUGAAUUCUGACUUCCAAGGUACGACUGUAUAUUAACCCCUGCACUCCACCCAUGAGAAUUCCACCAAUUUUUUCUCUCCACUUUGAUGAUUUUCAAAAGCAGUAUUUUUGCUUAUUAAUGGAUGGGGAAUGGUGAGGGGGUGGAGUGGGAAAAUGGAAUCACAACCUUCUUCCUUUGUAGCCCUUCCUAUACCCCAAGGGGCUCCUCACAGCAUGAUAUAAUUCGAGGCAACCCACUGACUUAAAUGACUCCACUGAGUAAAAGCAUCAUUUGACAGAUCCAUUGAUGUUAAUGGGUCUACUGAGUUUGGUGCAGUUUGCUACAAUCCAUUUACUUUAAUGCAGAGCCGUAGCUGCAGGGGGCAGGGGUGUCAAGUUUUUUGCCCUGGUUGAAGCCUCCAGAGGAGAGACAUUGAGGCUCCCAGCCUGGGUACGUGUGCUAUGCAAAAAUCAUGAUGCAGGGGAAACCAUGAAACCAGCCAAUGCCUUUACAUAGCUCCUUACAGUGGUGCCUCGCAAGACGAAAUUAAUUCGUUCCGCGAGUUUUUUCGUCUAGCGAAUUUUUCGUCUUGCGAAGCACGGUGUCGGAAAAGUUUUGGAAAAGCUUCAAAAAUCACCAAAAACCUCAAAAAAGGCUACCACACCACGUUCUAUGAGUUGCUCCUCGAAGUCAAGUCACAACUGUAUUAACGGUGUUAAGAAAAAGGAAACAAACUUGCAAAAAACGCAAGACGUUUUCGUCUUGCAAAGCGAGCCCAUAGGGAAAUUCGUCUUGCGAAGCAGCUCAAAAACCGCAAAACCCUUUCGUCUAGCGAGUUUUUCGUCUUGCGAGGCAUUCGUCUUGCGGGGCACCACUGUAUUUCAGACCUUGUGAUAUAUUGUGAUGUUUAGCUGGUGAUGUAUCACGGUGUUGAAAACCAGGUAUCUCCCAGACCUAGUCUCCACAGAGACCUAUUGUGUUUCUUUAAUCCUUCCUUCAGUCUCCAGUCAUCAGUUGCCACUCCUUCCUUAGUCCAAGACGUCAUGUAGCACCACCAACCUCUGCGGCCGUGCGCCCCUCCUCCCAGCUCCGCCUGCGCCCCCACCCACCCACUGGUCCUUCUUCUCCUCCUCCUCCAGGAAGUCUGCAACGAGCUCUGGUGCCUUAGCAAGAGCAACCGAUGCAUCACCAACAGCAUCCCGGCGGCCGAGGGGACCAUCUGCCAGACUAACACCAUCGAGAGGGGGGUAAGAGGCAGGGUCACCCUUGCUGUACCCUAACCCGCAGCAGCGAUUCCUGCCUUGCAAGAGGGUUGGACUAGAUGGCCUUUGGGAUCCCUUCCAUAUGGCCAGUUUACCCAUAAUCACGCAGUCCUGCUGAGGUCAGACGCAUGGACGCCAGCGAGGUGGGGGGUGUUGUUGCUGACCGGUGGGUCUCUCUUCUUCCCUCCAUCCUCUGUAUCCACCGCCAGUGGUGCUACAAACGGGAAUGUGUUCCUUUCGGCACACGGCCAGAGGGUGUGGACGGAGCCUGGGGGACGUGGUCGCCAUGGGGAGAGUGCAGCCGGACUUGUGGGGGAGGCGUCUCCUCAUCCAUCCGCCACUGCGACAGCCCACGGUAAGUGGACACAUGCAUAAACACCCGAAACAUCCCCCAUGCUCCCUGGGACACCAUUUUCCACGUCUUCCUCCUUUUCUCUCUUCCGAAGGCCGACGAUCGGUGGGAAAUACUGUCUCGGGGAACGGAAGCGUUACCGGUCUUGUAACACUGAUGUGAGUAGCAAGGGAUUCUGGGAUGGGAGGACGGUGGGGGCAAAGGAAUGGAUUGUUACGAAAGUUGAUCGCCACCCCCACUCUCUGCUGAGAGGCAGCAAGAUCCCAAGGGGUUCUGAGUGUUCACCCGGGGUCUGGGGUCCUUUGGAGAAUUGAGACAUGGCAGAGACUGACAUAGCUUUAAGAAAUGUGGUUUAUUCCCCUGUUUACACCUUCAGUCUGCCUGGAGGGAGUCCAGAUCUUACAGCAUGGUCAUUUCAAGAGGGGCUUGUGCAGCCCUGGUGUCCAAGGCAUCUCUCCCAGCCAGCCUUCAGCCAGCCUGCCCAAGAUGGAUCCCAGCCUUUCUUCUCUCCCUUUCUUCUUCCCAGCACACCUUGCUGAAAAGACUCUUUUCCUGUCACCUCAAACACACACACCCAUCACCUUGGCACCGUCUGCUUCCCCAGGCCACAGAAUUCCUCUCGGAUGGCACAUCAACACCUUUUGUCAUGUUAACAGAUUUGCUCUUUGUCCUGAGCUGCUUGCCACUGGGCACCCAUAAUCUAGGGCCCAAGCCAGCGCCACUAUUGACAGAUUUGCUGUUUGCUAGGCCAGCCAGGCUGGUUUGCAGAAGCCAGCCCAGGGAUUCCCUGUCUGGCACAGCUCUGCAGAUUGUACUUUCAUCCACAUCCCAAUUAAUCGAAAUCCUACCAUUUGUCUCCUGCCAACCUAGCAGUUUGAAAGCACGUCAAAGUGCAGGUAGAUAAAUAGGUACCGCUCCGGCGGGAAGGUAAACGGCGUUUGCGUGUGCUGCUCUGGUUCGCCAGAAGCGGCUUAGUCCUGCUGGCCACAUGACCCAGAAGCUGUACGCCGGCUCCCUCGGCCAACAAAGCGAGAUGAGCGCUGCAACCCCAGAGUCAGCCAUUGCUGGACCUAAUGGUCAGGAGUCCCUUUACCUUUACCUUACCAUUUGUCAAUUUCUAGGGUUUAGGAGUGUCUCCCCCCCACACACACACAAUCAAUAACUGUAUUUUGGGUUCUUGUUUUGAAUGUUUAUGUCAUGAGCUGCCUGUGAUCUUCGGGUGAAGGGAGGUAUACAAAUUUAAUAAAUAUUAAUAAUGAUAAGGCAGAGGAGUCACAUGCCUUGGGAGGCAGAUGUGAGAAGUGACAGCAACUCCCAACCUUAUAGCUCAGUCAUGGAGUGUCUGACUUGCACCUCCCAGCAAAGUCUUUCAGCUGUGGGGUCCAGAAUGCACCACCUCUGCUUCCAGGCAUUAAAAGAAGCAGCACCCCUCAGCCCCAGAGAGCAGAUAAUAAAUUUGGCGAUCUUUCUGUGCCCCCACCCCAGGACUGCCUACCGGGCUCGCAAGACUUCCGAGAACUGCAGUGCGCCGAGUUUGAUAAUAUCCCCUUCCGAGGAAAGUAUUACACCUGGAAGACGUACCGAGGAGGUAAGGCCGUUUCCACACACACACCCGGGGGGGGGGCAACUUUCACCCAUUCCCAAUCCAGCCUCUCUGAUCUAGUGGUUUGAAAUUGCCAUCUCUCCGCAGGAGGCGUCAAGUCCUGUUCGCUCAACUGCCUGGCGGAAGGUUUCAACUUCUACACAGAGAGGGCGGCAGCCGUGGUGGAUGGAACACCCUGCCGCCAGGACUCCAACGACAUCUGUGUCAAUGGAGAGUGCAAGGUGAUUUUCCAGCGCUGUAACCACUCCUCCUCGCUGCCCGUAGGCCUCCGAAUGACUGAGGUUUAAUGGGCAGCUUCUGGGACCGUCUGGAGGGGGAGGUUGGUCCACUUUCUCUACAAGGAAAGAUUUAUGCAUUGGGGGGCUUUUCCAUUUAGAUGGCCAUGAUUUAAGGCCAUAAGAAGAGCCUACUGGAUCAGGCUAACUGAGGGGAUUAGACAAAUUCAGGGACUAUAAGGCUAUCAGUGGCUGCUAGGCAUGAUGGCUGCGUAUCACCUCCUGGACUGGGGCAGUCUACCUCUGAAUCCCAGUUGCUGGGUGCCACAGGAGGGAGGUUUGCUGUGAUGGUCAGCUUCUGCUUGCAGGCUUCCCAACAUGGGCAUCUGGUUGGCACUUAGUUUCUGGCGAUUCACAAAUAGAGCCUUCAUAGGCAGAGACAGUCUACCUUAGAAUGGUGGAGAGCAAGAGAAGGCUAUUACUCUCACAUCCUGCUUGGGCUUCUUAGGGGGGCAUUUGAUUGGACACUGCGAGGACAGGAGGCUGGACUAGAUGAGUCCCAGCUGCAGGUUCUUCUUAGUUUUUUUAUGAAUCACAGUGAGAGGCACAGGGCUUGCUCCUUUAUCGCCUGCCUGCGGGCAUCCUGGAGGAAUCUGGCUGGCCACUGUGAGAAGAGGAUGCUGGACCAAACGGGCCAUUGGCCAAACCAAAACCAGGCUCUUGUCUUCUACCAUUCCUCUUUAGAAAGGCCUGCUUUCUUUUAAGGCUAUCCCAGUUGGUGCUCAUUAGGGCUGGGCGAUAUAUCAAUAUAUCGUCCAAAACCGGUUUGAAGAUCAUACCCUGAUAUCAGUUUCUUAAUUUUUGACCUUGGCAAUAUAUCGCGAAUCAUGAUGUGUGUAUGUGCUAUGCAAAAAUAUUGAUGCGGGGGAAAUCCAAGAAGAAGAAGAAGAAGAAGAGGAGGAGGAGGAGGAGUUUGGAUUUGAUAUCCCGCUUUAUCACUACCCUUAGGAGUCUCAAAGCGGCUCACAUUCUCCUUUCCCUUCCUCCCCCACAACAAACACUCCGUGAGGAGAGUGGGGCUGAGAGACUUCAGAGAAGUGUGACUAGCCCAGCAGCUGCAUGUGAAGGAGCGGAGACACGAACCCGGUUCCCCAGAUUACGAGUCUACCGCUCUUAAUCACUACACCACACUGGCGCGCUACAUAGCUCCAUCCUUAUUUCAGGCAUCGUGAUAUAUCAGUAUAUCGCAGCAUUUAGCUGGUGAUAUAUCACAAUGUUGAAAACCCGAUAUCACCCAUCCCUAACUCUUCCAAGAACUUCCUCCGUCAAACCUCUCCUUUUGUUUCCUAUAAGCACGUGGGCUGCGACCGCAUCCUGGGCUCGGACACCAAGGAGGACAAGUGCCGGGUCUGCGGAGGGGACGGGAGCUCCUGCGAGACCAUUGAAGGACUUUUCAACCACUCGCUGCCGGACGGAGGUGAGGGUUGCCUGGUGACCCAAUGGGUGGACAAAUGUACAGCUCAGAGAGUGGCCAAGACGGUUCUGACAUGUUGUAGGCAAAUGUUUUUCUAUUCCAAGGCAGGUGCUUUCAAAAAUAAAUUGCACAGGUGGAACUUGAUUGGGGAGGUUCCCAGCUGUGCAUAGCACCUAUUGCCCAAUGCCUGUAAUGCCUAUUGCCCAGUGCCCUUAAAAAACGUUAAUUUGAAGCCUGGUCUCCCAGGUUCCCAUCCCAGUACUGACUUAGUAGAAGACAGCAUCAACACAGUUCUUCAUGUGCUUUGCAAUUCCCUGCACCAAAUUUUCUCUCUUGGCUUUUUGAACAUUGAGCACCCCCUUAGAACUUACCUUCGUUUAUUAUGUCCAUCUGCCGCACAGGCUACGAAGAGGUGAUAUGGAUCCCCAAAGGAUCGGUGCAUAUCGACAUCCGGGAGCUCAACCUUUCCUUGAACUACCUUGGUGAGAAACCUUAGCUAAGGAGGGAUACCCCAGACAGGUUGUCCUUGAGGUGACCUCCAACCUCUGGUUUUGCAUGUGGGUUAUCUCCCGCUUGGACUACUGCCAUGUGCUUUCCGUGGAGCUACCUUCAAAAGUGACUCGGAAACCACAACUAAUCUAGAAUGCGGCUGCUGGACUGGUGACUGGGAGCCAUUGGCAGGACCAUAUAACACUGGUCCCGAAAGACCUACAGUGGCUCCCAGUACAAUUCAAAGUGUUGGUUGUGACCUUUAAAGCCCUAAAUGGCCUCAGCCCUGUAUACCUGAAGGAGCAUCUCCACCCCCAUCAUUCAGCCCAGACACUGAGGUCCACCUCUGAGGGCCUUCUGGCGGUUCCCUCCCUGCGAAAAGUGAGGUUGCAGGGAACAAGGCAGAGGGCCUUCUCAGUGGUCAUAUGUCAAGCAAAUAAACAACUAUCUGAUGUUUAGAAGACAUUUGAAGGCAGCCCCAUAUAGGGAAGUUUUUAAUGGCUGAUGUUUUAUUGUGCUUUUAAUAUUUUGUUGCAAGCUGCCCAGAGUGGCUGGAGCAACCUAGUCAGAUGGGUGGGGAACAAAUACAGUGGUACCUCGCCAGACGAAUGCCUCGCAAGACAAAAAACUCGCUAGACGAAAGGGUUUUUUGUUUUUUGAGCUGCUUCGCAAGACGAUUUUCCCUAUGGGCUUGCUUCGCAAGACGGAAACGUCUUGCAAGUUUGUUUCCUUUUUCUUAACACCGUUAAUACAGUUGCGACUUGACUUCGAGGAGCAACUCAUAGCACACGGUGUGGUAGCCUUUUUUGAGGUUUGUAAAGACUUUGGUGAUUUUUGAAGCUUUUCCAAAACUUUCUCGACACCGUGCUUCACAAGACGAAAAAAAUCGCAAGAUGACAAAACUCGCGGAACGAAUUAAUUUCGUCUUGCGAGGCACCACUGUAAUACAAUUAUGAUUUUUAUGAAAAAUAUCCCUGUAUUCUUUGGGGGAUGGGAUGCAAGUGCUUCAGCCCACCCCUGACUUGGUCACACCCCACACACCCCGGAUUCUCUUUCCAGCUCUGAGAGGGGAGAACGACGAGUACUUCGUCAACGGAAAGCUCUCCAUUGACCCACCCCGGCGCUUUGACAUCGCCGGGACCACCUUCCACUACAGACGCGCUCAAGACGAGCUGGAGUCCCUGGAAUCCCUGGGCCCCACCAACGUCACCCUCAUCGUCAUGGUUCGUUGACUGAACAGGGGUUACUAAAUGCGGUAUCUAAGACUAUCAGUCUUUGUAAAGCAGGUACCAGUGCUCUACUGAAGAUUGCUUUUUGUGGUGGGGCACGAAAAAGUUGGGGAACCGCUGCUUUAGGGUGAUCCCUGAUAAGCCAAGAUUCUCCCUGCGACCAGUAAAGGACGCCAUGCCCAUAGCUGUCAACGUUUUCCUUUUUUUAAGGGAAAUUCCCUUAUUCUGAAUAGGAUUCCUUGCAAGAAAAGGGAAAAGUUGACAGCUAUGGUCAUGCUCACUAACAGACUCCAUUUGCCCUUGUUUGACCUCAGCACACAGCUAAAGCUGAUUGGCCAUAUAAUUGGGAUGUCGUGUGAUCCUUGUAGGAGCGGGGGUCAUGUAAUGUAGACCUCAAGCCUUAGGAGAGCAUAUAUUAUUUAGUUGUUAUCUUUCCUUGCUCACGUGCGUGAGAUCAGCAGACUACCAUACUCUGUAGCUUUAAACUUGGAAGCUAAAACAAGGGUGAUUUAAUCUUCUAGAAACAAUAAUCUGGGGUGCUUUAAGGCAGACUGGGUUUUCCCCGGCAGUACCCCUUUUCUCCCCCUUAAAAAUAACAGUCCCACGGACCUGGGAUAGCUCAUUUGGUAGAGCAUUUAACUCUUAAUCUUGGGGUUGUGGGUUCGAAUCCUGUGUUGCGCAAAAGAUUCCUGCGUUGCAGGGGGUUGGACUAGAUGACCCUCAAGAUCCCUUCCAACUUUUCAAUGUAAUGAUAUAAUAAUGAUGAUGACAUUGCUUUGUGAAGAAGUAAAAGUAGUAUUUACUUACAUAAGCUUGGUCUUGAAGAAGGGGGUACAAUAGCAAAAUGAAAGCAGACUUAUAACCACUAUCUAAGUUACAAAAGUACGAAAUCUUGAGUUCAAAAAUGGUACCUGAACUAGGCAUGCAUGUGUGGCCAGCAUGGAGGCACGACGAAGUAAGAGAGAGAUGCUGAGACGGGAAGGAAGGAUUUAGUACUACAGCUUCCUGCCAAGACAGACAAAGGAAGUGAUCUCAGGAAGAGUUCCCUCUAGCAAAUUUUGUAGGAAACCUCUGUGAACCUUUGCCCCUUCGUGUGCCCAUCUGGCAAAACAUGAGUUGUUGGAUGGAUUGCAAUAACGUCCCGCAAGUCAUGCAACAGAACAGCUAUGGGGAGUGGGGGUGGCUUUUUUAUUUUCCAGCAGAGAAUUCUGCUUCCAAGGUCCUUUUGGGAAAGUGUGGGGUUCUCCACCAACCAUGGCCGUGCCUCCCUAUUCCCUCUCCCUUCCACCCCUAGGUGCUCGUCAGGGAAGAACUGCAGAGAAUCCGCUACAAGUUCAAUGCACCCAUCGUCCGUGGUUCCGUCACCCAGUACUUGUGGCAGUAUGUCUCGUGGACAAAAUGCUCGGCCCUCUGUGGCGGAGGUAAGACUCUUUAUUGGAAGAGCCCAACUCAGAGGUGCUGCAGCGGUAUGCUUGCAGGAGGUCCCCUGUUUCCAGUCCUGGAUUAAACCCUGAGGAGGCCACUGGGUAUUCGAAAUCUCGGGGGGGGGGGGGCUGUGCAAAUUAUCUCCUAAUAUGUUGUUGAUUUUACCAACCAACAAUUUCAAUAAACCAAUUUUAUUUCAAUAUCAAAUCAAUCUUAUAUUGAUCUGUUGUCGUGGGGCCCCUAAAAAAUGUGGGGCCCAUAGGCUGCUGCCUACUCUGCCUGUUUGGUAAUCCAGCACUGCCCACUUCGAACCCGGGUAGGGCUCCUGUCUGAACCCCUAGAGAGACCCUGCCAUUUUUGUGUCAACAGCGGUGUAGAGACUCUGCUAAGUUCAGCAGACCUUUGGGAAGACUUGCUCCAAGGCAGAUCCCCAUGUUCCAGUUUAAGCCAUACAGAACUGUGAGGACUAGAAUCUUGCUUUAUUUAUAGGAGAAAGGCCAUCGCUCAACUGCAGAGCAUCUGCUUUGCACGCAGUAGGUCCUGGGUUCGAAUCCCCAACAGCACCUCAGGUGCGGCUGGGAGCAAACCUCACCUGAACCCCUAGAGAACCGCUGCCAAUCAGUGAGCUAGACAAACCAGCAGCCUGACUCAGUAGAAGGAAAAAUCCUGUCCCUGUUUUGGGAACACUUGAAAAUUACUUCAGUAGCUCAGUGGUGGAGCAGCUGCUUUAGAUGGGAAAGGUUCCAGGUUUCAAUCUCCCAAGUCAUUGUAGCCAGCUCUGAGCUAGAUAAACCCUUGCUUCUGUCCACACAUCUUUUUGAAAACACAUUUUAUGGGGAUGAGGGCAGGCAGUUCCUACCACUGAAAAGCAGACUGUUUGGCUAGGGGGUGUUAUGGAACCUGGGGGUGUGGGGGGCAGGAGUGCCAACUUGGCCCCGCGACAGUGGGCGCCUGGGACCCUGGGUGCUAUGCCCUGGCAUUGAAAAUCCCUUCAAGGGGAAUUUUGUGGAUGCUCAAGCACCCAGGGCCCCAGAGAGUUGGCACCUAGGGUGUGGGGAGUGAGUGAGAAGCUGCUGCUGUUUCUCGCUGCUCAGACCUCAGCAUCCUCACUCAGCGCCAUCCUUACAGGCAGCCAGGUCCAGCCCGUCGUCUGCCGCAACCAAGCCGACAGCUCCACGGUCUUCAACCACCUCUGCAGCCCCGACACUAAGCUGCCCGAGAGACAGAGAUUGUGCAACACUGAGCCCUGCCCACCAGCGUAAGUUAGAUGUUUUUUGGGGGGGCUGCAUCCCAGGGGGAGGGGCACCCCAAAAGAGGCCCAGUGCCCAGACUCUUUUAUCCAACAGGCAAACAAAGCCUAACUACUUUUUAUGCUCUGGUAACCUCGAGGUUAGAUUACUGCAAUGCAUUAUACGUAGGGCUGUAUCUGAAGAUGGUUCAGAAACUUCAGCUAGUGCAGAAUUCAGCAUCCUGGUUGAUCAUCCGGGCAAAAUGCUUUGAGAAUAUUCUGGUCCAACUGCACUGGCUGCCAAUUAGUUUCCAGGCCCAAUCCAAAGUGCUGGUUUUGACCUCUAAAACAGCUCAGGGUCGCAAUACCUCUAGGAUCGCCUCUCCCCAUAUAAACCAUCCCAGACUCUGCAUUCAUCAUCUGAGGCUCUUCUUCACGUGCCUCCUCAGCAAGAAGUCCAGAAGGUGGCAACACGAGAACAGGGCCUUUUCUGCAGUGGCUCCCUAUUUGUGGAAACACUCUCCCCAGGGAUGGCUACCUAGCGCAUUCAUUAGACACCUUUAGGUGCCAGGCAAAAAUGUUCCUCUUCUCCCAGGCAUGACUGAUUGACAUCCGAUGGCCUUUUAAAAUGUGUUGGAGCGUUUAUUGGGUUUUUUUGUUUGCAUUUUUUAUGUAUUCUGUGUUUUUAUUUUGUAAUCUUACGUUGUAACUUCCCUGAGGCCUGCAGGUACAGGGCAGUAUAAAAAUUUAAAUAACAACAACAAUCCAAUUGAGACAGGGAAAAUAUCAACUCUCCCCUCCUCCAAGAAAACAUUUGAGGGUCUCUUAGUUUUUACACACCUGUGCAUCCCUUUCCCUUUCUUUUUGAAAUAUUUAUUUAUCUUCUCCCCCCCGAAAUACAUUGUGAAAACCUGUAUUGCCCUACGUACGCCACAACUUAGAGCAGAAUGCAUCUUAAGUCAUCUGCAAGCCAGCAUAAACCUUUGGUUUUUGGUUUCUUGGAUGAUUUUUGAAUGGGUGAAAGCUCCACCAUUUCCCCAGAAAGGUGUCCUGGGUCCUUCAUUCCUCUUGCCAGUCUUGUGAGUCAGUCCCCUUCCCCACCCCGUAAGGAAUACGCCAUCCUUUUUUUUGAACUGAAUCCUUCCAGAAUGCGGCUAUAACCAUCCAUGCAGCCAUUGAUAGAAAUCCAGUUAGUGGUUUAUCCACCAAGCCCUGAUUCAGUAACAGAAGCUCAUAAGAACAUCAUAAGAGCCGGCUGGAUCAGCCCACGUAGUCCAGGAUUCUGUUCUCACAGUGGCUAAGCAGGUUGCCUGUGUGAAAGCAGGAUCCAAGCACAAGAGCCCUCUCCCUUCCUGCGGUUUAGAGCGAAUGGUGUCCAGAAACAUUACCGUCUCCAGCUGUGAAGGCAGAGCACAGCCGUUGUGACUAAUAGCUAGGGCUGGGCAAUAUAGUGGACGCUCUUUUUCGGCGAUCUGUAACAUGAAAAAACACAAUCUGAAGCAUCUGUAACCCGAGGUAUGACUGUACAGUGGUACCUCGUGUUACAUACGCUUCAGGUUACAUACGCUUCAGGUUACAGACUCCGCUAACCCAGAAAUAUUACCUCGGGUUAAGAACUUUGCUUCAGGAUGAGGACAGAAAUCGUGUGGCGGCAGCAGGAGGCCCCAUUAGCUAAAGUGGUGCUUCAGGUUAAGAACAGUUUCAGGUUAAGAACGGACCUCUGGAACGAAUUAAGUACUUAACCCGAGGUACCACUGUAUCUGGUUUUCAACAUCACAAUAUAUCACCAGAUAAAUAAACAUCACAAUUUACCGCAAAGGAUGGAGCUAGGUAGAGGCAUUGACCGGCUGCACGGUUUCCCCCACAUUGUGAUUUUUGCAUGACACGCACAAACACACACACACAUCAUGAUUCACGAUAUAUUGCCAGGUCGAAAACUAUGAAACUGAUAUCAUCAUUCGGACUUCAAACUGGUUUGGGGUGAUAUAUCAAUAUAUUGCCCAGCCCUAGCCAUCAAUAGCCCUCCCCUCCAUGAACUGGUCUUUUAAAAAUAUCAUCCUUUAAAGCUGGCAGCCAUCCCUGCGAUGAGAGGGAGUUCCACAGUUUCACCGUGCGCAGUGUGGAAAAGGACUUUCUUUUAUCCACCCUGAAUCUUCCAAUGUUCAGCUUCACUGGAUGUUCACAAGUCCUAGUGUCAGGAGAAAAACUUUCUCCAUGCCACACGUAACUUUAUAAACUCCCGUCAUUUCACCUCUUCCUCGCCUUUUCUCUAAAAUGUCCCAAACUUUGCAGCCUUUGCUCAUAGAGGAGUCACUUCCUCCCCUUGGAAGCUCUGGAGAUUUUGCAACAUGCCCAUGAGAGAAUUUACUUCUCUCAUUUAAACCCUGAAAUUUCCCUCCUCUGGGCGUUUGCACCGCCAGGGCCUGUAGCUGCCCCUUCUCCCCACACCCUUCCCAGCACACAGGGGAAGCAAGCUUAUCCUUUCUGCCUCUCGCCUCCGUCAGCUGGGUGAUCGGGAAUUGGUCCGAGUGCAGCCGCAGCUGCAACCAAGGCGUCCGCACCCGGAGCGUGACCUGCCGGCGCAAAAUCUCCACCACGGAGGAGAAGAUCCUGGACGACACCGCCUGCAACUCCCCACGCCCCCGUGUGCUGGAGCCCUGCGGUAACCAGACCUGCCCCCCAGAAUGGGCCGCCCUCGACUGGUCUGAAGUAAGAGCCUCUGUGUCUUUUUAAAUGUCUAAUAUGUACUGAGCAUGGCACACAAGCACACGCACCGAUUAAACAAGUAGCUACUGUUAUAAACAGUAAAAAAAUCUGCCCUUUUCCCCUUGUGGGGUAUCCAAGAGCCCAUAUAGAGUCCUUACGUAGGUUCCCUACUGGUAGGAGAAAAUAAUAGAGGCCAACCAGAGAAUAUUGAGCAGCAAAGCAGCUAGUAAGCCUGAUCUUUAUUGAUCUGUUGCAACAGGGUGCCCCCUUCACACGCAGGAGGAGGAGGAGGAACCCAGAACAAUGGUUUGCCAAGCCCUUAGAUAGAAAUUUUAAAUUCCCUGCCCUGGAGCUCCAGACCACCCGUCCAUACAUCAUACAUACAUCACAGAAGGGGUGUAACCCCAGACCAUCCCCUCAGAUACAUCAUACCUACAUCACAGAAAAGGCGGUCUACAGCAGAAAUCUGAGUGCGUUGUUUAUCUCGUCUGACAGGUUACCUGUUAAUGCUCACUUGAUUGGAUACCCUGGGGAGCCUGGCCAAUCUUUUGUAAUGACAAAUACUUAGUUCCUGAGCCAGGUCACAGGCUCACCCCAUUCAAACACAGACAGACAUGCCCUUAAGACAGAAUUUGUGAAUGAAAAGAUGAUAGGGAGGCUUUUCCAUUUUCCUUUGACCUUGCAGAGAAAACAUUUGGUCAGUUUGGGAAUAAAAAAUUGUUUCAGGUCAGUCUUCCUGUGCUGAUCAAUGUACAUGCUUGGUUGGUACAUUUAUGAACAUUUAUUAUAUUUCUAAGACUUUAAAAUUCUUAUCACACUACCCCCUGUCACGACGAAACAUUUGGGUCAUGUACCAGAUGAGCCGCUCAGUUCAGCUCAGCUCAGCUCAGCUCAGCUAUCCUCCCUCUCUCUCUUUCUCUCUCUCUGCCCCAGUCCAUAACAGCAUGCUCUCUCUACAGUGCACCCCAAACUGCGGGCCCGGCUUCCGCCACCGAAUCGUCCUCUGCAAGAGCGGCGACCACACCUCCACCUUGCCCACCUCCCAGUGUCCCGAAGAUGCCAAGCCCCCAACCAGUAUAAGGUGCAGCCUUCGGCGUUGUCCACCCCCGCGGUGGGUCACUGGCGAGUGGGGAGAGGUAUGGAACUGCUGCUCUCUUUCACUUUUGAGAGCUGGCAAGGACUGCUCCACUAGGCCAAGCCACUGCGGGGAGUCAAUGGAGGUCAAUAGAGCUGCUCCGCCAUCUUGGUUGGGUCAGACCAAUGGUGAAGGGGAUGGGGAGUCAUACUGAGUGGGUCAGACCAAUGGUGAAAGCACUGGGGAGCCAUAUUGGUUGGGACAAACCAAGGGUGAUGGCUUGGGGAGUCAAUAGAUAAUCCAGCAGAUAAACGGGAAUGUCCUCAGGCAAUUCCUAAAUGUUAUGUAGUACUUAUUUAUUUUAUCUUUAUUUCAUUUAGGGGGAAAUAAGAGUACAAUCAGAGUUUUGCAAGUCCAAAAUUUUCUAUCCUUCUGUCCCUCUAUGUGCUUCGUGUGUUUCUAUUUACAUCAUGAGGACUACGAUCUUACUUUGUACUGUUUAGCCCACCCUAACCCUCCUGCAUCUUCCUUCUUCUUCCCCAAAGUGCUCUGGGCAGUGCAGUUUUGGCCAGCAACGCCGUUCGGUCCAGUGCAUGACCCACACGGGGCAGCCCUCCGGGGAGUGCGUAGAAGCCCUCAAGCCUGCAGCGGCACAGCAGUGCGAGAGCAAGUGUGACUCGGGACCCACAGAGAACCCCGAAGGUACCUGCAUGCUGCUCCAACAUUUGUAUCAAGCACCCAGGGGUCAGGGUGGCAAAAAACUUUGUUCCCCAUGAGACAAAACUAUUGUGACCUAACUCAGGACCUUGGGCUGUCUUGGAGCCAAUUGGGGCUUACACCCGUGGCAUGGGCCAGAACGUGUAGACCACAGAAGGCCAGCCGGGCAGGGGAGGGGUUGGCUUGGGUCUCACCUAAAUAAUAAUAAUAAAAUAAUAAUAAUAAUAAUAAUAAUAAUAAUAAUAAUAAAAUAAAAUAAAAUAAAAUAAUAAUAAUAAAAUUUUAUUUAUACCCCGCCCUCCCCAGCCAAGACUGGGCUCAGGGCGGCUAACAACCAAUAAUAAAAACAAGUUGAUUAAAAUACAAUUUAAAAGAUUAAGAUACAACAUUAAAACAUUAGGAUGCAGUCUCUUCAUAGGAGGAGAAAGGAAAAAGAGAGGGGGGGAGGGAAUCAAACUGAUUCUAAGCCAAAGGCCAGGUGGAACAACUCUGUCUUACAGGCCCUGCGGAAAGAAAUCAGAUCCUGCAGGGCCCUGGUCUCAUGAGACAGAGUGUUCCACCAGGCCGGGGCCAGUGUUGAGAAGGCCCUGGCUCUGGUUGAGGCUAAUCUAACUUCCUUAGGGCCCGGGACCUCUAGGGUGUUGCUAUAUAUGGACCUUAAGGUCCUCCAUGGGGCAUGCCAGGAGAGGCAGUCCCGUAGGUACAAGGGUCCUAGGCCUAAACUGCCUUAGUCCCAGACGAGGAAUGCUUGGGAGCGGAGUCCUCUGACGAUGGCAGCGACAAGGAGGAGAUGGACCUGCUCCGUGGUCCACUUUAUGCAGAUGCCUUGUCACCCGUCUCUUGAACCCAAAAAAGACCGUCCUUAGCUGCCAGGCUCCUCAAAGGAUCAGGAGAGCCCGGAGGAGACAUCCCCAGAGCUAGAACCCUUAGGGCCUGGAAGGGGCUGGGGUCUCUAGUCAACAAAUACCUAGCCCAGCCAUCCCAAGCCCCUGGCCUACCAGGCAGUGAGUUCCACACAUCAACUCUGUGCUGCUUGAAGAAUUCCUUUCUUUCAUCUGCCCCGAAUCUUCCGGCAUUCAGCUUCAUCUGACGUCCACACAUCCUAGUGUGACAAGAGAGGGAGCUAAACUUCACUUUCUCCACGCCGCACAUGAGUUCGUAAACUUCUUCAUGUCCCCUCUUACUCUUGACCCACUAACAUCACACAUUCUCUUCCCCCCCUCUGUUUUCUUCCUCUCCAGAAUGCAAAGAUGUGAACAAGGUCGCCUACUGCCCUUUGGUGCUAAAGUUCAAGUUCUGUAGCCGGCCUUACUUCCGACAGAUGUGCUGCAAAACCUGCCAGGGGCGUUAA